GGCACUCGGGGUCCCCCGCGGCGUCUCGGGGGCGGACUCGGGGCGUCCCGAUCGCGGUGACAAGCGCUCCCGGGGGCCAGGAGCUGGGCUGCCUGGCGCGGGGAGGGUGAGGACACGGUGCAGCAGGGCUCGCGCGGGACCCCGGGGCGUCGCGAUGAACAUCGUGGUGGAGUUCUUCGUGGUCACUUUUAAAGUGCUGUGGGCGUUCGUGCUGGCCGCGGCGCGCUGGCUCGUGCGGCCCAAGGAGAAGAGCGUGGCCGGCCAGGUGUGCCUCAUCACCGGCGCGGGCAGCGGCCUGGGCCGCCUCUUCGCCCUGGAGUUUGCCCGGCGCCGGGCGCUGCUGGUUCUCUGGGACAUCAACACGCAGAGCAACGAGGAGACCGCAGGCAUGGUUCGUCACAUCUACCGGGACCUGGAGGCGGCCGAUGCCGCUGCUCUGCAAGCUGGGAAUGGCGAGGAGGAAACCCUGCCCCCAUGUAACUUGCAGGUUUUUACCUACACUUGUGACGUGGGAAAGAGGGAGAAUGUCUACCUGACGGCCGAAAGGGUCCGCAAGGAGGUCGGUGAGGUCUCUGUCCUGGUCAACAAUGCUGGUGUGGUUUCUGGACAUCACCUUCUGGAAUGUCCUGAUGAACUCAUUGAGAGAACCAUGAUGGUCAACUGCCACGCACACUUCUGGACCACUAAGGCCUUUCUUCCGACGAUGCUAGAGAUUAAUCACGGCCACAUUGUGACUGUCGCGAGCUCCCUGGGAUUGUUCAGCACGGCUGGAGUUGAGGAUUACUGUGCCAGUAAAUUUGGAGUUGUGGGUUUUCAUGAAUCUCUGAGCCAUGAGCUAAAGGCUGCUGAAAAGGAUGGAAUUAAAACAACUUUGGUGUGCCCUUACCUUGUCGACACGGGCAUGUUCAGAGGCUGCCGAAUCAGAAAAGAAAUUGAGCCCUUCUUGCCCCCUCUGAAGCCUGAUUACUGCGUGAAGCAGGCCAUGAAGGCCAUCCUCACCGACCAGCCCAUGAUCUGCACCCCGCGCCUCAUGUACAUCGUGACCUUCAUGAAAAGCAUCCUUCCCUUCGAAGCAGUUGUGUGCAUGUACCGAUUUCUAGGAGCCGACAAGUGUAUGUAUCCCUUCAUUGCGCAAAGAAAACAAGCCACAAACAAUAAUGAAGCAAAAAAUGGAAUCUAAGAGUGCUUUGUACAGAGUGCCCUGUCUGUCAGGAGAGUACUGACAGUCUCUGGGUUCUAACCCCACGGCAACUCUUUUUUUUUCUAAUCAACUUUUUAAAAAAUAAUAAAAUGUAAAUUAACUGACUACAGUGCUUGAAACAUGUGAGCUCGGGUUUUUGCCAAUGGGGCCUUUUUUAGGCAGGGCCCUAAAAGUGAGCCCAGUAUUUAGACAAGCACCAUGUGCCAUCAUUGCUUUUUUUAAUGAACAGACGGUCUAGAAAUGAUGACUAUAGUAUGUUUCAUGUGUAUGAUUCUUCUGGAUUCAUUCAUUCACUCAUUGUGAGAGUCUAGCCAGCUGGCACCCUUGUGCAUUCAGGGACUGCCAGUGCCAUGUUUUGUCGUGUAGUUUGGGUUCUACUCACGCAAGUGUGGGUGGCUUGCUCACAGUGUCUGUGGGUUUAGCUCUUGUAAAGAGGGAUGUUUGGUGUCCUUUUCAGACCAGUGCAGUCUGGACAUCACAGAAGGCCAAAGGGCCUCUUUCUUAUACUUACAAUGACUAAAAAAUUAGGUGAUUUUUAAAUUCCAUCUCUGAAGCACUAAACUGAAUGUUUAGAGGCCUGGUUAAUCAAAACGAUUAUACAUUUUGUACGUGUGCAGUUGGCUGCAUACAGACAGUACCCUUUCCUCGGAGCUGCAGAGUCGUGUUGGGGGGAGGGGACCUUGUCUACAGAGCAUAGAAGCUCUGCAAAGACAGUUUCUGCAAACGGGAAUUUCUGCAUUAAAAAGUCCCCACAUCUGUGCCAACCCUGACUAGUGUGGGGAGCAAGUCUUGUGUGAAGUAUCGUGGAAGGGUGUAAAGAUUUCUUUGAAAGGUCUAUUCACAUUGUAGAACAGCAAAUGACAUUUUUACAGUAUUUUUUUGUAAAGCAAACUAUUUUGUGCCUUGAAUUUGGUAUGUGUGAAUUAGUGAAACAUUGUAAAAGUGAAUCUCUACCUCUGUAUCUACAUGUGUACCAUCCUCGUAAAUGACUAUGAACCAUUAUGUGAUUGCUUUCGUUUGUUUGUGUUAGGAUGUCUCGUUUAAACCAUGACCAAUGUUUAAGGCUGUUAAAAUAAGCCUACUUUUACUAAUCGGGAGGUUUUUCUAGAGGACUAAUUAAAUACUUACAUAAUUGA